AAAUAGUUUAUUUUGAUUUUGUUGUACUUUUUCUUAUUUAAUUACCUUAGUUUUAUUACUGACUAUUAAUAAUUAUUUAAAAAAAUAAACUUUGCACUCUGAAUAUUACUUUGUUUGAAACUUUUUCUUAGAAUUGAUAAAUCUUUAUGGAACAUUUGUGUCUGAUCUUCAGAUCCUUCAUAAAUUUGAUCACUUCUUAAAAAUUACCAAAACAAUCUAGAUAUUAAAUAAAAAACUGGAGAAUUGCUAAAGUUCUUUGCUGCUUAGACAUGUUUUAAUUCAAAACUUCAGUAUGGAAGAUGGAAUAUUCCAAUGCAAGAAUUGAGUACUAUUUGAUUGUUUCUAAGAACUUGUCUGGAUAUUUGAAUAAAUCUAUGAUGUGAUCCUUAUUCACAUGAUGGUAAACAAGUCAAUUUGAGUACUAAAAACUAGUAUUUUUCUUUGCCUUCAAAAAUUCUAAUCAUAUUACAGUAAUAUAGAAACCACAUUAUUCACUGAUCUGGUUUCUCGAGGAAUUCUAAUUCACUGGUGCCGAGACUUUUUGAUUGCUGGGCCAAAAUUGCAGAUAAGUUAUAGGUAGGCAGGCCGUAAAUAUUUUGUAUAUUCCAUAUAUACAGAAAACAGGCCUAUUUCUAUCAUUUAGAGUUGAUAUGACAAAUAAGUUCCCAGGCUGGAUUUAUGUGUGUUACAAACCAAAUUUGACCCAGGGACUGAAGUUUGGGCACCAUUGCUCUAAUUAAUCAUUAACUUAAUUCUCUAUAAUUAUCAUCAUGUUAAUCAAUUUGUUUUCAAAUUCUUGGUACUAGUUAUUUACUAAUUAUGCCAUACAUGGCAAAUUGACAUUACUAUGUUACUUAUUCUCAUUGUUUUCAUGAAUUACAUUCAUUUUUUGUUCUCAAGCUUGAUUCUCAGAAACUUGUUUGAUCCUUAAAAGUAUUCAAUUCUGUCCCUGAUUAAUUUCAUCAAAGACUAAUAUUUAACAAAGAUCUUGUAUGUCCCUUGUCACAUAAUCUUUAUUCUCUGACAAGGCUCAAAAUUGUUUGCAGAAUACAGUUUUUUAUGCUCUGCAAUGACCAUUAUACCCAGAAGCAAUUUUACUUGUCUACUUAUCUAGGUCGAGUUACAUUCUUCAUACCCAAAAAUUAUUUCAGUUUCCAUGUUGAACAAGUUUCCAGCUUAUAGUAAAAUUUAAUAGAGAAGAAUUUGCUUUAUUUCAAAGAAUUUUUUCUAUUUAGGCAGGUUUCUGUUUUGGUCAGGUUUUAAUGUAGCAUCUUUAUUAUUUAUAAAUAAUAAUAAUGGCAUAAUUAGCAUUACAUAUAAUGCAAUUCAAAUAGGAAGAAAAUUAUCUGUAAAAACUUUAAGAUAUGAAAACUUAUUUAAUUUUUAUUCAUAUGAAUGUGUUUUCUAUCUCGGUAUUUGAGGUGGAACAUUAGUAAAGCCUUUUCUCUGUGGCUUAUAGAAUUGCGUUUAUUCUCAAAAUUUUAUUGGUUGAUUUUGAUAAAACUUUGCCAUUAUACAUAGUGAUGUGGAAUUCAAAAAUGUAAUAAAAAUGAUAAUCCGUGACUUAGUUUCUGAGAUAUAGUGGGGUCAGAGUGACAGUGUCCAUGCUGACAGAUGUGAUUAAUUAAUGUCUAAGGUUACUAGCAUGAGCAAGUGCAAUUUAUUUUAAAUUCUUUUUUAUACCAUCAUUAGCGGCAACUGAUUGUCUUAGAUGCCUUCCCGAAACAAUAUUAUUGACUUGCUAGCACUUCGGCUCAAUUCUUAGUUCAUGUUUGACGAGAAAUAGACUGUUCCUAGUAUUAAUCAAAUAUGGAUUGAUUAUUUAUCAUAAUUAUUACUUGUAUAAUCAAGUUGUAAAAUUAUCAUUGUAUUUUAUUUUAGCUAUACUUUUAAAAAUAAGUCAAUUAUCAAUUGAUAAUUUUAGAGAUAUUUAUACAUAUGUGUAUAUACCUAUUAUAUAAUAAUUACAUAUGAUUUGGUUUAAAACUGUGACCAUGGCUAGUCAUAGACCAUAUUAAUUAAGCACUGUAUCAAACUGACUACUCACAGUGACUGUGCAUGUGAUAUUUUCUAUAUUUUCAAUUAGUUUGUUUGGUUGGAGCAGUGGUUUGUGAUGGAUCAGAAAAAACAUGCCAUCUAUCAAUAUUUAUUACAUAAAUGAAAAAUAGUCAAAUAGUUCACUUGGAAUUCUGGAAAAUAUAGAAGGAAGUUUGAUGGGAGCAUUUUCUUCUUUAUUUAAUAAGAUAAGGCAGCACAAUUCUAAAUUUCUAUAUUGCUUUCAUAAGUCUGUGUCAACAUUUGAUGAAUUAUUGAGUGAGUCAUUUCUGUACAAUCAAUUAUUGAAUUAUUCUUUACUUUAAUCAUGGUAAAUCCAUGCCCUUAAAGUCCUAAUAUAAAGCUCAUGGAAAUUUGGCAAUGUAAUUUUAUUUUUUGUUUACUGCCGUAUUAUGCAAUCUAAUCAAACUGAUAUUUGUGACAAAGAAUGUUUAAACUAAAUGUCACCAAUGAAAAAAAGAAUAAAUAGUAUUUUUAUAGUUUUUUUUUAACUCUUUCCGCCCUGUGGGCAUUAAGAGAAUCUAUUCUAGUAAGCCCAUUAUGGAUUCGGCCAGGCCCACAAUAGGGCAGCCAAGUGUUGAAGGAUGGGGCCCAACAUAUCCAAAUGGACUACCCCUGAAAAAUUCCUGGGAAUUUUUUGACCCAUGCAAAUUCGAUCCCAGGUCCCCUGGACCGGUAGGCUGUGACCUUGACUUCUCAGCUAUCCAGCCUUAGUUUUUAUAGUAUUAAUAUUAGCAUAUAUUAUUUUAAUACCUAGUGUAUUGCUGAUGUUGGUACUUGUCAGCCUUACAAGCCUUACAACUCCAUAAGAAAAAAUGCAGCGGUUUGUCUGAAGCCUGAGAUCUUACUGUUUAAAUGUUGACAUUUUAUUUUGUUCUUUUCAAUGUGAAGUUUGUUUGGCUCAAGUUGGAAAUUUUGUUAUUCAAAUAACCUUCUAAUAAUUUUUAUUAAAUAACCUACAAUAAUAUGCUGUCACAAUUAUAAAUUUCCAAUUAACCGUCUUUUAUGAAGUUUAUUAUUUUUUAUUGAAUUGCUUGAUAAUUUCGUCUAUUUUAAUUUUAUCAUAAAAUUAUUUAAAAAAUCACAAUAAAAGUGCCUAGCUACAUUUUAUGUCAUUUGAUAAGGUAGAAACAUAUACAGUGUAUUAUGAUAAAAUUGGGAAGAAGUACAACAAAUUUAUAAAUAAACUAAUAAUAUUUUUAAUUAAUGCAAAAGUGAAUUAAAUAAUAGUGGAACCCAAAAAAGGAAUCACUUAUACAUUUGGUAACACAAAAAAUAAUUUCAAUUAUGUUAUAAAUUAUACAACAUAGGCAUUAUUCGGUUUUUUGAUCACUUGGUCAACACCAGCUCUUUGAUGCCUGUGCCCAGAUUUGAGACUGUAUCGUGAGAAUUCGCCAAAGAAGACGACGAAGAAAGACUGGGAGUGCGUGUGCUUUACCCUCAAUGAUUGGCAGACGUUUAUCAAACAAUUUCGCAAGACAACCAACAGCCAAGAACGAGAACUCUACACCUAUCUAAAUUAUCAUCUAUUGCCAAUUAUUGAAUGCCAACUUCAGGAGCUGAAUAAUAAAGGAAAGGAGAUAAUUUUAUUUAAUAAUAAUUCCAUCCUUAAACGUGAACAAGAAGAACUUAAAGAGAUGCUCGAGAAAAUUAAUUGUAUAAACUCAAAUAGUAACACGACUGGUGUAGUGGACACAAACAACACAGAUAUAUUGUGUUGCGAGAACAAUCGAAAUGGUUCCAAUAAUAAUAAUAAUAAUAAUAACAACAACAGUAAUAACAAUACAAGUAAUGAAAAAAGUAAUCAAGAAUUUGUUGCAAAAAGUGAAGAUCAAAAACUGAAUGUAAAUUGUUGUGUGAUUGAAAAUACUGAAAAAACUCAAAGUAACAAAAAUACUGGAAGUGCCAUGCUAGAUAUAAAACCUAAUGCAAUGAGCAAUAUGUGUAGUAAUCCAUGUGCAAGUAAUUGUGUCAAUAAUUGUGGUAAUUCACAUGAUAGAUGCAACUGUGGUUCAGUGAAUUGUUCUCAUAUUUCGUCUGAUAAUCCUCCAGACAGAGAAAAUGUACAAGAUGGAAAUAUUCAGCAUGACAAUCCUGGUGAUAAUUCACUUAAUAGCAACAAAGAAAAUGCUCCACCAUCUGUCGGUAGCAGUGGAUUGGGGGAGUUGCCUCCUGUGUCUGCUAUGUCCAACAUGGUUGGGUCAACAGGACCAUCUGGCUCCUCAUCCUCCGUCCAACCGUUGCCAAGCAACAUGCUCAACAAAUCCACUGUUCCAAUGGAGACUCAGUACAUGCAACAACAAAGUCAAAUAUUUGUAUUUUCAACAAGUCUUGCCAAUAGAGCAUCAGAUUCAGUUCUUACAGGACAGUUUCCUUCUAUCAUUGCUUUUCAUUGUUCUCAGCCAGGAACAAAAAGAUUUCUUGAGAAACAUCCAUUGAAAAUCCAGCAGUUUAAUCGACAAAAUCCUGCGCAGUGGUUAAAUAAUCUAGCACAAAUGAAACAAAACAAUAGACAAAUAAAAUCUGGAAAUAUAAAUCAAUUUGGUGGACCCAAUAUGCUUUCGCAUCCAUUUUCUGGCCCUUCUGGUUCUACUUGUCCUGGUCCUUGUACUAUUCACGGUAUGGGAUCGUGUCCUGGAUCUAAUCAGUCGCUUAAUUGGCCAGCUAUGAAUGCACUAGGUCCAUCUGAAACUUGCAACCCGCAGCAGUGGAUGCAGCAAUAUCCUCAGGGAAACAUGAUGAAUAAUCAUCCAAGAUUUCACAAUGCUUUGGGAGUGUCUCCAGGAGAAAACACGCCCAUGAGAUCUAUGGGUCCUCAUUCUCAUCCCAAUGCAAUGGGUUGUAUGCCAUCAUUGGCAUCCAAUCAAGGAAAUCAUUCUUUUCCUAGUGGAAAUCAUUAUCAAGGUUCUCUUGCCAAUCCUGCAUUAAUGUCUAGUGGUAGCUCUCUUACAGGUGUGAAAAUACCUGAUGAAAAUUUAACACCUCAGCAACGGCAACAUCGAGAAGAGCAAUUAGCUAUGAUUCGCAAAAUGCAGCAAUUAUUAUUUCCAGAUCAGCAUCAUGAACAACAACAAUCUCCAUCAAACAUACAUAAUAUGUUAAAUCAGCCUGCUCCGUCUCGUUUUCAAAGUAAUGAGAUGUGUCCACAGUCAGGAAUUGACUUACCAUAUCCUCAUCAUACAUGUUUAAGUGAACAAGAACAUAGACACUUAUGUGGUGAUAAUGGCAUGUUUCCAGCCUCUGGAUUAAUUGCUGGUUCACAACAUCAGAACAUGCCUCCUUCAUCUGUUUCUGCUCAAAUAGAGUGGCAGAAAUUACAACAACAAUAUUAUGAAGACAGAAGAAGAAAACAUUUAAAUACUCAAAAUGCAGUUUUACCAGUUUCAGGUUCACCUUCUUCUCAACCUGCAGUCAACAGUCCAAGUCCAAGUAUAGGAAUGAGUCCUGGUACUAGAUUACCAGGGCCUCCACCACCGCCACCUCCUCCUUAUCAUCAAACGCCGUGCAGUACAUUGUCAAGUCCUCAUCCUGCAUCUCCAAAUCCAAGUUCUUUGUCUCUUUCAUCUCCUCGCAUGACAUCUGGAUUACCGUCUCCUGCAGAGACAUCGCGACAGUUUUCUCAUCCUACACCUCCUGGACCUAGAAUGUCACAAUCAAGCCCGGGGAAUUCGGCUGGCUGUGGUAGCAUACAGACUACACCUCUUAAUUCACCAAAACCUGCAGCUACUUCAUCUGGACCACCUUCUACUGGUAAUUCUGCAAUGGUUAGGACUCCAACAACACCCUCAAAUCCCAACACUACUCCAACAAGUACUCCAUCCAGUAUAUUACCAAGUCCAAGCCCAGGUACUCCAGUUGGCAAUUGUAAUGUUGGAAAUAGAAAACAAUCUGUUAAUUUAACUGAUGGUCAAGACAGUUCUAAUGAUUUUACUCCAAUAUCUCAACCUUCUUCAACGUCUAGUAGCAAUACAGGCGAUGGGAUGUUUGGUCGUCACAUCUCUUGCAAUCAGACAUCGAAUGGCCAGAAACCUCUGACUGACUGUUCAAAUACUCAAGGAAAUUUACCGCACAAAGAACCAAGUUUAAUGCCGGUGCCAUCUCCUCAGCAAAUUCAAUAUUUAAAUGCAUUUGAUGGACAAGAAUUAACCAUUCAAAAGCAGCCUAAUACUAGCCUCAGGGAUUUAGAUUUGGUAUCUCCAAACGUAAUUACAAGUAAUACCAUAGAUAUGAGUCCAUCAUCUCAUCCUCAACCGUUUCCUACACCAGACAGUUCUCAAGGUUCUUUCUCCAAUUUUAAUGGUCCAUUUUCAUCAAAUAUGGAUACUACUCAGGAAAAUCUUCCCACGCACUUCAAUAGCUCAGGACAAGGAAAUAUAGAAGGAGGACCUCGGCGAUUUUCUUUGCCAAGUCCACAAAUGAAUACUGCAAUUGAAAAUGGUCACCGUUUAGUUGGAUCAAAUUCACAACCUCAACAGCUAGAAGGUCCAGUUCAAAGAUUUUCUGGAUCUCAAAAUCAAAACUUUAAUGGUUUAUCUAGAAUGCUUGGAUCAAAUCAAAUGCAUCCAUCUGUAAUGGAUAAUCCAUCUCAAAGAUUUGUUGGUUCAGUUAAUCAUGGUCCAAGGUGUGGUUCUUUGCAAUUACCUGCUACGGCAAUGGAUAAUCCAAUGAGAUUUCCUGGCAAUACACCAACAAUGGAACCUAUUCAAAGGUUUCGUGGUCCAAGUCCUCACGGUUCAAACCUAGAAAUGAUAAAUCCAAGAAUUCCUACACCACAUAUAGGAGGCAAUAACAACAUGCCAACUCAUCAACAGUUUGGAGCUGUUAUGCCAUGUGGUGAACCUGGACAUGGAAUGCCUUGCGGACCUGGUCAACCCAUGAUGCCUUCAGGUGCAUGUUUUGGUCCAGAAACUGGCCACUCUCAUUUGCAGAGUUUGCAGAAAAUGGCUCCUCCAUUUGAUAUAACUCCUGCAAAUAAAAUUUCUACAGAUGUAAUAGGGCCAGGUCCAGGUGGUAAUGGACAAUCAUAUAAUAGUGGGACUAUUGCAUCUGGACUUCAUCAACAAGCAAAUAAUUCCCAGCGAUUAACACAUUUUGAUCCUAUUGCAUCAAUGGCUGCAAUGAGUGAGAAUUCUGGCCCUCUGGUGACUACGGCAAGUAAUGUUCAUCCCUCACAAAAUAUGAUGACAACAUCAAUGAAUUUGUCAAAUAUGCAAGUGACAAAUGCUACUGCUAACAAUCAGCCAAAUAUGGUAAAUUUUCAUACAAAUAUGCAAUCUAUGCAGGGGAUACAUCAACAAGAAGGACAACCUUCAUAUAACAUUGCCAAUCAGAUGGCUCACAAUAUGGGUACAGGUCCACAGACUGUUAAUAACACAUAUGUAAAUGCUACAAUGUCCAUUCAACAAUUGAAUAUUCAAAAUGUUACAACAUCAGCCUAUAAUCCAAAUAUUCAUAUACCUCCAAUGAAUCCAAGUCCAGGUAUGAUGUCUCAACAGAUUAAUCCAGGAUCUGGAACCCAAACAAUAAGUUCAUCAGUAACGACUAAUCAUCCUAUAAUGCAUAGUACUGUAUCGCCCAAAAGUGCUUCUGUAAACAUGGCUAUGGCCUCUUUGCAUGGAAACUCUCAUGUACAGCCUUUUUCCAGUCAGUCAGUUGCUGGUCAAAGGACUAUGAAUUCAGCUGUUGCUUCAAUGAGUCCAGUCAUGAUGACGCGUGCACCUGGUGCAGUCACACCAUUUAAUAGCACAAACAUUCACGUUAAAGCAAAUGCACCAAACACAAUUCAAUACUUACCAGCUAGGCCACAGAGCACAGCUCCUCCUCCCGCAAGACCUCCAAGUUUGGACUUCCUUCAGAGAUUUGCCACCCCUCUUACUAAUUUAGAUAAUAAAGUUCCCACACAUAAUCUUCAGUACUUUCCAAAUGGAAGCAAUAAUACUCAAAAUGUAAAUAAUAUGGCUGCUUCUUUACCUCCAACUCCACCAAGUGGUAUGGUACCAGGUCAGUCAAUUAUGGGUGGUCAAAGAGCAAUGAAUAUGGCAGUUGGAGCAAUGGGUAUGAGAAGUCCUGCACCAGGACCAAUUCCACAAGGUGUUAAUCAAAUGUAUCCCAGUAUUUUAAAGAUUGGAGGACGAGAAUCGCCCAUAUUUGGACGGCACGGUGGUCAACCAAGUGGUUUACCUGGAAACAUUAUAGGAAUUGGUUCUCAGGGCCCAGCAAUGUAUGGUAACAAACAGUUAUCACCAGCGGGCAUGCCACCAGAGGCUAGCCAACCAUUACCACCGUCAAUGGGACACUCUUUUAGUUACAAACAAUCACCGUUUUGUGGACCAACAACUGCUGAUCCUAACUAUGCAGUUCAAUUCCACAAUUUUCAACAACAGCUUUAUGCAACUAAUACUCGUGGAAGUUCACAAAACAGUAUGAGUACAGGACAGAACUUUUUUGGUCCCAAGUGACAUUGAAAUUUUAUAAAACAAAGCAAAAUGGCAUCAAGAAUUUGUUGUUAAAUGUUAAUGCCGGCAUAUUUGUUAGAAUGGAACUUGUCGAGAACUUUCCAGAAAUUUAAUUGCAAAAGCCUAUGUAUAUGAAGGAAAGAUAUUUUUAAGAGCUUGCAUCAGUUGUUCAUUGGCUUAAUGUCAGCAUCAUAGUAAAUAGAGUGGUCAUAGUGAAGCAAAGCUAAUAAAAUUGUAUAUAUAUAUAAACAUCUUGAAAACGGUGAAUCAAUUUUGUACAGACAUUGAUUGUAAAUAUAUAAAUAUAUAUAUACAGUAGUAAUCUACAGUGCUCAUAUAUCUUCAGUUGUUCAGUUGUUGAUGUAUACAUGGGUCUGUUUCUGUUGACCUGUGUGGAUGUAGUUUAGCUGUUUAUUGCUCAAUGCAACCGGAUAUUUUUGGUUGCUUAGAUAUCCCAAGACAACUGUAUCAUAAACAUUUUGGUGCAUUUGAUAUUGAAGA